AUAUGAGGUUUGAGCUACCAGUUUGCAUAGUAAGAGAAAUAUGAUGCAGUUUCCGCUUUCUGCUCCAAAGUUGCUCAUUCGCUAGUAGGGGAGGUUAUUUCAGUACAGGUGAGAUGGUCUGGGUGAAGUACUUGCAAAGUCCUUUGUAAAGAAGCAGAACUUGUCAAAGAGGCAAGAAUGCAGCACGUCCCCUUCCUUCCUUUCAGGAUGGUUUGGUCUCAGGAUUCCUAAGCUUUGUUAGUGCAGAGAGGGUGGUUGUCUAAGGCUUCUCAUUUUUAAUGUUACAUUCUGAGUGCACGACCUUGGGAGAUUUAAAUAGGCCACACGCAUGAAGUUGCUUCAGGUGUCCCAGCUGUUAAUUUGACAGAGUUUGAGGGCAAGGCCUUGUCUUAUCUUUAUAUCAGCUACUCUGAGCUUGGCACUGUAAAUAGACAGUGCUCAUUAAAUGUAUAUUGACUUGAGUUGCACACAGGAAUGGAAAGAAGAGGAUUCAGACACACAGUUUUUGACUCUUGCUGGUCAGGCUGUCUCUCUGCUUCUGAGAAUCAGAGCAGGUGGUGCACUACCUCCUCUCCUCACCCUUUUAUUCCAAGGGGCUUGUGAGAGCUUUCUUCACUCAAGACCCUCACAGCUCACACUGGGGCCAGCCUUAAGAGAUAGGCAAAUACUGCACAUUCAGACGAGGUUUCCCCUUCCUUCUGCACAAAUCAGCCAGAACCUGCAACGGAAGUGUUCUAGAAACUGUCUCACCUGUUUCCAGGAAUGCUGGCUAAAUUGACCUCAAACAAAUCAGUGAAGAGGCCCCCAUUGCCUUUGAAGAAGUUAAGAUUACAGAAGUUAAGGGCACUCUAUAAUAUUAACUUCUUCCUGAAAUCAAUAUCUCUUCCCUUGUAAACUCACCCUUUCUUUUGAAGAAACUUGAGCAGAGCCUAGAAGCCUUGGGGCAGGAAUUUCUGUAAGCAGCUAAUUAAACUGCAUGAAGAAAGUUGAUGCCCUUCUCCCGACUCGUUCUCCCAUCCUGCCGCCUCUCAGCCCUGAGAAUCAAAUACAUGAAUGAGACUUUUUUUUAAAAAACUCACCCCAACACUUGUAAACUUGUCAACAACUUCCCAGCUCUAAGUUCUCUGUAACUUUAACCUCCGACGCCAGGGUUAGCGCUGACCACUAGAUCGCGCUGUCGGACAAGAAAUCUGAGGGCUCGGAACCGCCGGGAGCCCAGGACUCAGAGGGUGAAGAGGUGGGAGCUGAACAGAGGAAGCGCGAAGGAGGCAGAUCCCGUGAUAUCGCCUGAGGAAUAAAAGCCACAGGGAGCAACCAAAAGGAAUAAAUCCAGCCGGCUCUUCCCCAGUCAAUAACUAUCACCAACGGAUUCCAAAGGGUAUUAGGAACUGGAUGCACCAUUGAAAAGGGAAGGAUGGAAGAGGGUUACCCGUUCUUUACCGUUUAUCAUACUGGGAGUCUAGCGUAAAGUCCCCAGGGGACCAAAAUGCCAACGUCAUGCUGGGAGGCCCCCGGAUUGCCUCUUUGUACACAUUUGAAUUACACUUGUGUUCCCGGGGAAUCAGUAUACUUGAAUUAGUUUCUGGAGGAGUCUGUGUAGUCCCCAACCCGGGAGUCCUCUCCUUCCUGUUCCUCUCAUCCUACUCUGGAAGUUUUGCCUAAGGAUCCUUUUUGUUGAGCUAGAGAGGAAGUUUGCAGGUGGUGGUUUGUGUUACCUACACUCCUUUGCAGCAACUAUUUUCAGAUACGUUAAAUCUAAGUAUGUGAACAAGAAUGCCUCGAGCAAGAGAAGAUGCCCACGCGGGUUCCCAGCACUCUGCUCUUGGCUGGAGAGGGCAAUGUGCACGCCCUUGGGGACAGAUGCCUCUUCCACCCAGUCUGCGUCCUCCAGCCGCAGGAAAGGGAAGCCCGUGACUGUCUUUGGAUCCCCGGAGGGUGACUGCUCAACUCCGGGGUUGAUAGAUGCAUUGGCAGCUCGGAGCCAAAUCAACAAGAGUUCUCUCUUUUAAACAGCAACAACAACAACAACAAAUCAACAUUCAGAGUUACAUGCUCCUCAGUCAACAACACCGCCAUCACACACACACACACACACACACACACACACACACACACACACAGAGAACAUCUGGGCCGAAAUACAAACACCAGCCAGCUUGGGCUGGCGUGCAAAGUAGCAGUUUUCCUUUUCCCUUUCUGGAUGGGGUGUCGUUGUCCGGGGGCUUCCCUGGCCGUUUCAGGCAGCGGAGCAGGCCAAGGGCGCAGCCCUAGUGGGUGCCCGCUUGGCGGCCUGAGGGACUUCUCUGCUCUCGGGCUCGGUUUUUGCGGCUGCCACCAGUCCACGCGCGGUCUGUAAGCCUGGUUGGACUGGGCUCCCUGCUCUUUGUGUGUUGGGUGCGGAGGCGAGUGAAGGGCUAGCUUGGGCGCAGACGCCGGCUGUCGACAAAUUCGGGGCUCAGUGAUACCAGGGCAAUGUGGCUGCAAGCCUGAUUGGGCGCAACGUUGAGAAGGUCGGGUGUUCCAUCCGUGGGACGCGCUCACGCACUAGGGGUUUGUCAGACACCCUGGUUGUGAGGAUUUGAAGGGGGAAAAGCUUGUGCACUGUGUAGGCUCUUUGUGCGAGCUGCCCAGCUGGACUUCGAGUGGGCUGUGUGCUUGGGGAAUGUGCAGAGGCGGCGAUUCCUAUUUGUCUUCAUUGUCUCCCUCUUGUCUUCUCUCUUGCUUUUGCCGGCUUCUGCUGGAAGCAGCCUGUGUGUGGGGAGAUGUGCAGAAAGGGGAGCGCUCUACAAGUUCUUGUCAUUCGAAAGGCAAGUUUGGAGGCUACCGCGCCUAGUGGAGAGGGAAGGCCAAAUUUGCAGACGUCAGAGCCAAUGGGGAAGAGAGGUUUACAUUGGGAGCAUGCCCUCCGAUUCUACUAUGGCGGGCGCUUAGUUCCAGAGAAGAAGCUCUUCUGUUCCCUCGCUCCCCACCCCGGUCCUUUGUUGUUCAACGUUCCCCCAGCGUUACGGGAGUAACCUUUGGGCUUCAAGAGACCAAAACGGUGCAGGGCCUAUACUGAGGUCAGACGUUAUAAUCAGAAUCUCUCCAGUAGCAUUUUUCUGAUUUCUUGGUGUGAGUGCUCGAAGCUUCCUCCCGUGCGCCUUGUACAAUCUGGCAACCCUGAGUACCAGACUCCCUGCCCAGGAACAAGGGGUAGGAUGCCAGGAUGGAGGGAGCUGUAAGAAGAGGCGACGUUGCUGGUGGAAUAUCAGCCCCCUAUUUGGCUUCUCCAGUAUUGUGUGUGGAGGGGUGCUUUGGGGUUUCAAACUUACUCCUCUUUGCCCCUUUGGCCCCGCGAGGUUUUAAGGGCAGAGCUUCCAGUCCGAAGCCUCCGCUCGGGGCCAGGUUUUGCUCUGGUCCAGGUGAGAAGUUUCUGCAGUGGAUGGAACUUGUUACUGAGCGGCUUCCUAUUCUGAGAACUCCUGGGUUUCAUAGCUUUCCUCUCCCUCUCUUUUGGCUCAACUUAAGUCUCCCAGUUCCGUCCUGAAGCACCAGGGGAGUGAGAGAGAACUGGGAAAGCCAUCCCAUCACUGAGCCCCGCGCGGGCGGCUGUCCGGGUUUCCAAUCGCGCUUGGAGAUUGAAAAAGACAGAAGGCGCGCCGCGUGUACAGACAGUUAGUUAAUGGAAAUCCUGUAAAUCCGUUUUAAGUGCACCCAGGACAGAGGGGGAGGAAGAUGGAGAUGGUGAUAUCAGAUGAAGGAUGGAGAUCGGCAGGAGCGGGGGUGAAUGGGUUACGUAUCCUUGCAUUUCCGAAAAUGGGAGUCGCUCCCCUCCCCAUUGUUCUUAAUUUAGAAAAAUUCAUUAAAGAAAUCGCAGGGAUAGGGAAACCCGAGCUUCCCAGUCCGCCCCAAGUGGCGGAGUACGCGGCUUCCCUUGGCAGGGAACCCGGCUGCGGCUGUCCCCCUCUCCGCUCCCUCCCUUCUCCCCGCCCCCCAGCGGGGCACUGCUACUACGGCGAUCGCCACCUCACGCCGAAGGAAUGCUCGAAGUAUGCACACGUUCCCAAAAGUAGACCUCCUUCACCGCCGGAGGAGCAUACAUCACCCCGUGGCAGCCGUCCACCUUCUCAGGCGUUUCGUAACCGAGUAAACUGAGAGCUGGGAACAGCCCUCUAUUAAGUAGCCCGCGGCGCGGAGUCUCUUUCCACUUGGCGAAGGCGAACCGCCCCAGACGCGUCCGCGCGCCGGCAGCUGCAGGCUCAGGCGGUCUCCAGUCGUCCUGCCGCGCCCGCCUCUCCUCCUGGGAUUGUCCUCCUCCUCCUGGACUUCCCCGCAGCUGCCCACGCCUCGGCGGCCGCCAGGUGCUCCUGGAGCGCAGCGCCUAUCGCCGGGGCGUGUGGGGGCCACACCGAGCACCAGCUUCUCCGACGCCGGGAAGUCGCUGUCGCCGCCGCUACCUCUCCCUGUUGCCGCCGCCUCAGAUCUCUUCAUGCCGCUGUAAGCUCGGAGGCCGAGGAUGCGGAGUAGGCUUCCCCCAGCGCUUGCCGCCCUGGGCGCGGCCCUGCUCCUGUCUUCCAUUGAGGCAGAAGUUGACCCACCUUCAGACUUGAAUUUUAAAAUUAUAGAUGAAAAUACUGUUCAUAUGUCAUGGGCAAAACCAGUUGAUCCAAUUGUGGGUUACAGAAUAACGGUGGACCCUACAACGGAUGGGCCUACUAAAGAAUUUACCCUUGCAGCUAGUACCACUGAAACGUUAUUGUCAGAACUUGUACCUGAAACAGAGUAUGUGGUGACAAUAACUUCAUAUGAUGAAGUAGAAGAAAGUGUACCAGUUAUAGGACAACUAACAAUUCAAACAGGUAGUUCAACAAAGCCAGUGGAGAAGAAACCUGGAAAAACCGAGAUACAAAAAUGCUCUGUCAGUGCCUGGACUGAUUUGGUUUUCCUUGUGGAUGGCUCUUGGAGUGUGGGAAGAAAUAAUUUCAAGUACAUUUUAGACUUUAUUGCUGCUCUUGUGUCUGCUUUUGACAUUGGGGAAGAGAAGACAAGAGUUGGAGUUGUUCAAUACAGCUCUGAUACCAGGACUGAAUUUAACUUAAAUCAGUACUACCAAAGGGAUGAACUUCUUGCUGCAAUAAAAAAAAUUCCAUAUAAAGGUGGUAACACAAUGACAGGGGAUGCCAUUGAUUAUUUAGUUAAAAAUACUUUCACGGAAUCUGCUGGGGCAAGAGUUGGCUUUCCUAAAGUGGCAAUUAUUAUUACGGAUGGAAAAUCCCAGGAUGAAGUGGAAAUUCCAGCAAGAGAGCUUCGUAAUGUUGGAGUUGAAGUUUUCUCCUUGGGCAUUAAAGCUGCAGAUGCAAAAGAACUCAAACAAAUUGCCUCCACACCUUCACUGAACCAUGUUUUCAAUGUGGCCAACUUUGAUGCAAUUGUGGAUAUUCAGAAUGAGAUCAUCUCCCAGGUGUGCUCAGGUGUUGAUGAACAACUUGGUGAAUUGGUUAGUGGAGAAGAAGUUGUUGAGCCUCCUUCAAAUUUGAUUGCCAUGGAAGUCUCUUCAAAAUAUGUUAAGCUAAAUUGGAAUCCAUCUCCUAGUCCAGUGACCGGCUACAAAGUCAUCCUCACACCAAUGACCGCAGGAAGCCGACAGCACGCUCUGAGUGUGGGGCCUCAGACAACCACACUCAGUGUUCGCGACCUCUCAGCAGACACAGAAUACCAGAUCAGUGUUUCCGCCAUGAAGGGAAUGACAUCCAGUGAACCCAUUUCAAUAAUGGAGAAGACUCAGCCAAUGAAAGUUCAAGUGGAAUGCUCACGUGGUGUGGAUAUAAAAGCUGAUAUUGUGUUUUUGGUUGAUGGCUCCUAUAGCAUUGGGAUUGCAAACUUUGUUAAAGUUAGAGCCUUUUUGGAAGUUCUUGUAAAAAGUUUUGAAAUUUCACCAAAUAGGGUCCAGAUUAGUCUUGUCCAAUACAGCCGGGAUCCUCAUACUGAGUUCACUUUGAAAAAAUUCACCAAAGUUGAAGAUAUAAUUGAAGCAAUAAACACCUUCCCUUACAGAGGAGGAUCUACGAAUACUGGCAAAGCAAUGACUUAUGUCAGAGAAAAAAUAUUUGUGCCUAGCAAGGGAUCAAGAAGCAAUGUGCCAAAGGUCAUGAUUCUUAUCACGGAUGGGAAAUCAUCAGAUGCUUUCAGAGAUCCUGCGAUAAAACUAAGGAAUUCAGAUGUUGAAAUCUUUGCAGUUGGUGUGAAGGAUGCCGUUCGCUCAGAAUUGGAAGCUAUUGCCUCUCCUCCUGCAGAGACCCAUGUGUUCACGGUGGAAGAUUUUGAUGCUUUUCAGAGGAUAUCUUUUGAACUCACACAGUCUAUCUGCCUUAGAAUUGAGCAAGAAUUGGCAGCUAUAAAGAAGAAAGCUUAUGUCCCUCCAAAGGAUCUUAGUUUUUCAGAAGUGACUUCUUAUGGUUUCAAAACCAACUGGUCUCCAGCUGGAGAAAAUGUUUUUUCAUAUCACAUCACCUACAAAGAAGCGACUGGGGAUGAUGAGGUCACUGUGGUGGAGCCAGCAUCGAGCACCAGUGUUGUUCUCAGCAACCUGAAGCCAGAGACCCUGUAUUUGGUCAAUGUGACUGCGGAGUAUGAGGAUGGCUUCAGCAUUCCCUUAGCUGGAGAAGAGACCACCGAAGAAGUAAAAGGAGCGCCUCGAAACCUAAAGGUGACAGAUGAGACUACAGAUAGUUUUAAAAUUACUUGGACUCAAGCUCCAGGGAGAGUUUUAAGAUAUCGAAUUAUAUAUAGACCAGUUGCUGGUGGAGAGAGCAGAGAAGUUACCACCCCACCCAAUCAGAGGAGGAGAACCCUGGAGAACUUGAUUCCAGACACAAAAUAUGAAGUAUCUGUAAUUCCUGAAUAUUUCUCAGGACCUGGUACUCCAUUAACUGGAAAUGCAGCCACUGAAGAAGUUAGAGGGAAUCCAAGAGACUUAAGAGUUUCUGACCCUACGACGUCUACUAUGAAAUUAUCUUGGAGUGGGGCACCAGGAAAAGUGAAACAGUAUCUCGUCACAUAUACCCCAGUGGCAGGGGGUGAAACUCAAGAGGUCACUGUGAGGGGAGAUACAACCAAUACGGUGCUGCAGGGAUUGAAGGAAGGGACACAAUACGCCUUAUCUGUGACAGCCUUGUAUGCGUCUGGGGCUGGAGACGCCCUCUUUGGUGAAGGAACAACACUUGAAGAACGUGGUUCUCCUCAAGAUUUAGUUACUAAAGACAUCACUGACACAUCAAUUGGGGCUUAUUGGACAUCUGCUCCAGGAAUGGUUCGCGGUUACAGGGUCUCAUGGAAAUCACUUUAUGAUGAUGUUGACACUGGAGAGAAAAAUCUGCCUGAAGAUGCAAUUCAUACUAUGAUAGAAAAUCUGCAGCCAGAGACCAAAUACAGAAUUUCAGUAUUUGCCACUUACAGCAGUGGAGAAGGAGAACCUUUGACUGGAGAUGCCACAACUGAAUUAUCUCGAGAUUCCAAAACCCUGAAAGUAGACGAAGAAACAGAAAACACAAUGAGAGUUACGUGGAAACCAGCACCAGGGAAAGUCGUCAACUACCGUGUUGUCUAUCGCCCCCAUGGGGGAGGCAGGCAAAUGAUUGCUAAGGUGCCCCCCACAGUCACUUCAACAGUGUUAAAGCGACUUCAGCCACAGACCACAUAUGACAUCACAGUUCUUCCUAUUUACAAGACGGGAGAAGGAAAGCUUAGGCAAGGAUCAGGAACAACAGCUUCUCGAUUUAAGUCUCCCAGAAACCUCAAAACAUCUGACCCAACCAUGUCAAGCUUCCGAGUGACUUGGGAGCCUGCCCCUGGGGAAGUGAAGGGUUAUAAAGUCACAUUCCACCCUACGGGGGAUGACAGAAGACUGGGGGAGUUAGUGGUUGGACCCUAUGACAACACAGUUGUUUUGGAGGAACUUAGGGCUGGUACCACCUAUAAAGUAAAUGUUUUUGGAAUGUUUGAUGGAGGAGAAAGCUCACCACUUGUUGGACAAGAAAUGACAACCCUUUCUGACACAACUGUAAUGCCAAUUUUAUCUUCUGGGAUGGAGUGUCUCACCAGAGCUGAGGCAGACAUUGUGUUGCUGGUGGAUGGAUCAUGGAGCAUCGGCCGGGCAAAUUUUAGAACUGUGAGGAGUUUCAUUUCUCGUAUUGUGGAAGUCUUUGACAUUGGCCCCAAAAGAGUACAAAUUGCUCUUGCUCAGUAUAGUGGGGAUCCCAGAACAGAGUGGCAGUUAAAUGCGCACAGAGACAAGAAGAGCUUGUUGCAAGCUGUGGCAAACUUACCAUACAAAGGAGGCAAUACUCUCACAGGGAUGGCUUUGAAUUUCAUUCGCCAACAGAACUUCAGGACCCAAGCUGGCAUGAGACCUCGAGCUCGAAAAAUUGGUGUGCUCAUUACUGAUGGAAAAUCACAAGAUGAUGUUGAAGCACCUUCAAAGAAACUCAAGGAUGAGGGAGUGGAGCUGUUUGCUAUUGGUAUUAAAAAUGCUGAUGAAGUCGAAUUAAAGAUGAUUGCAACUGAUCCUGAUGAUACCCAUGCAUACAAUGUGGCAGAUUUUGAGUCACUCUCCAGGAUAGUGGAUGAUCUCACCAUUAAUUUGUGUAACAGUGUCAAAGGUCCAGGUGAUUUGGAAGCACCUUCUAACUUAGUUAUUUCUGAGCGAACCCAUCGUUCUUUUAGAGUGAGCUGGACACCACCUUCUGACAGUGUGGAUCGAUAUAAGGUGGAAUACUAUCCAGUUUCUGGAGGGAAACGUCAAGAAUUUUAUGUGAGUCGAAUGGAAACUAGCACAGUGCUGAAAGAUCUGAAGCCUGAAACUGAGUAUGUUGUCAAUGUGUAUUCUGUGGUAGAAGAUGAAUAUAGUGAGCCUCUGAAGGGGACAGAAAAAACCUUGCCAGUGCCUGUAGUCAGCCUGAAUAUUUAUGACGUUGGCCCUACCACCAUGCAUGUGCAGUGGCAGCCUGUGGGAGGAGCUACUGGCUACAUCUUGUCAUACAAACCUGUUAAGGACACAGAGCCAACAAGACCCAAAGAGAUGCGUUUGGGGCCAACAGUGAACGACAUGCAGCUGACUGACCUUGUUCCCAACACGGAGUAUGCAGUCACAGUCCAGGCUGUCCUGCACGACCUCACUAGUGAACCCGUCACUGUUCGGGAAGUCACCUUGCCCUUACCCAGACCUCAGGAUCUGAAACUCAGAGAUGUGACUCACAGCACUAUGAAUGUCUUUUGGGAACCUGUGCCUGGAAAAGUGCAUAAAUAUAUUGUUCGAUACAAAACACCAGAAGAGGAUGUCAAAGAGGUAGAGGUGGACAGAUCAGAGACCAGCACUUCCCUCAAAGACCUCUUCUCACAGACCUUGUACACAGUCAGUGUUUCUGCAGUACAUGACGAGGGGGAGUCUCCUCCAGUGACUGCUCAAGAAACUACCCGACCGGUGCCAGCCCCAACAAACCUAAAGAUUACUGAAGUAACAUCAGAGGGUUUCAGAGGGACCUGGGAUCAUGGAGCUUCAGAUGUGUCUCUCUACAGAAUAACCUGGGCACCUUUUGGAAGCUCAGAUAAGAUGGAGACCAUCUUAAAUGGAGAUGAAAACACUUUGGUGUUCGAAAACCUGAACCCCAACACCGUCUAUGAAGUUUCCAUUACUGCCAUCUAUCCUGAUGAGUCAGAAAGUGAUGACCUGAUUGGCAGUGAGCGCACACUGCCUGUCUUAACAACACAAGCUCCCAAAAGUGGCCCACGAAAUCUUCAAGUGUACAAUGCAACAUCUAACAGCUUGACUGUUAAGUGGGAUCCUGCUAGUGGUCGUGUGCAGAAAUAUAGGAUCACUUAUCAGCCUUCCACAGGGGAAGGCAAUGAGCAAACGACCACAAUAGGAGGACGGCAGAACAGUGUGGUCCUGCAGAAGCUGAAGCCAGACACUCCUUACACUAUCACCGUAUCCUCUCUGUAUCCUGAUGGUGAAGGAGGUCGGAUGACGGGAAGAGGCAAGACCAAACCUCUAAACACUGUAAGGAACCUGAGAGUAUAUGACCCUUCUACCAGCACCUUGAGUGUCCGCUGGGACCAUGCAGAGGGAAAUCCUCGUCAGUACAAGCUCUUCUAUGCACCAGCAGCAGGUGGUCCAGAGGAACUGGUACCAAUCCCCGGGAAUACCAAUUAUGCCAUUCUUAGGAAUCUCCAGCCGGAUACCUCGUACACUGUGACAGUAGUUCCCGUUUAUACUGAAGGUGAUGGGGGACGCACAUCAGAUACUGGAAGGACAUUGAUGAGAGGACUGGCAAGAAAUGUCCAAGUAUACAAUCCUACACCUAACAGCCUCGAUGUUCGCUGGGACCCUGCACCAGGACCUGUGCUGCAAUAUCGCGUUGUGUAUUCUCCUGUGGAUGGCACAAGACCCUCAGAAUCUAUAGUGGUGCCAGGAAGCACGCGCAUGGUGCAUCUGGAGCGGCUGAUUCCGGACACACUCUAUUCCGUGAACCUUGUGGCUCUGUACUCGGAUGGAGAGGGAAAUCCCAGCCCUGCCCAGGGCCGAACGCUACCACGGAGUGGACCAAGGAACCUGAGAGUCUUUGGUGAAACAACCAAUAGCCUCUCGGUAGCCUGGGAUCAUGCUGAUGGGCCAGUUCAGCAGUACAGGAUCAUCUAUUCUCCUACUGUUGGUGAUCCAAUUGAUGAAUAUACCACAGUCCCAGGCAGAAGAAACAAUGUAAUACUGCAGCCCCUGCAACCUGACACUCCAUAUAAAAUUACUGUUAUUGCUGUUUAUGAAGACGGAGAUGGUGGCCAUCUAACAGGAAAUGGAAGAACUGUGGGACUCCUUCCUCCUCAGAACAUACACAUCUCUGACGAAUGGUAUACAAGAUUCAGGGUGUCCUGGGAUCCUUCACCCUCUCCAGUUCUUGGAUAUAAAAUAGUAUAUAAGCCAGUGGGUUCCAAUGAGCCCAUGGAAGCCUUUGUUGGAGAAAUGACAUCAUAUACCUUACACAAUCUCAAUCCCAGCACCACCUACGAUGUGAAUGUUUAUGCUCAAUAUGAUUCUGGACUCAGUGUCCCCUUGACAGAUCGAGGCACUACAUUAUAUUUAAAUGUAACAGAUCUGAAAACUUACCAGAUUGGGUGGGAUACAUUCUGUGUCAAAUGGUCACCUCACCGGGCAGCCACCUCCUACAGGCUAAAACUAAGCCCUGCAGAUGGAACAAGGGGACAAGAAAUUACAGUGCGUGGAUCAGAAACCAGUCACUGCUUCACUGGCCUUUCACCAGACACUGAUUAUGGCGUCACUGUUUUUGUGCAGACACCAAAUCUCGAGGGACCAGGAGUCUCUGUUAAAGAACAUACCACUGUGAAACCAACAGAAGCCCCUACAGAGCCACCCACACCUCCUCCCCCUCCCACCAUUCCACCAGCCCGGGAUGUAUGCAAAGGGGCCAAGGCAGAUAUUGUGUUCUUGACUGAUGCCUCUUGGAGCAUUGGGGAUGAUAAUUUUAACAAAGUUGUAAAAUUCAUCUUCAAUACCGUGGGAGGCUUUGAUGAAAUCAGUCCUGCCGGGAUUCAGGUUUCAUUUGUGCAAUACAGUGAUGAGGUCAAGUCUGAGUUCAAGCUGAAUACGUACAAUGACAAGGCCCUAGCCCUUGGGGCCCUCCAGAAUAUUAGGUACAGAGGAGGAAACACAAGAACAGGCAAGGCCCUCACGUUUAUCAAGGAGAAAGUCUUGACUUGGGAGAGUGGCAUGAGGAAGAAUGUCCCUAAGGUGUUGGUUGUGGUCACAGAUGGUCGGUCCCAGGAUGAGGUCAAGAAGGCGGCUUUGGUCAUCCAGCAGUCAGGGUUCAGUGUCUUUGUAGUUGGUGUGGCUGAUGUCGACUACAAUGAGCUUGCCAACAUUGCCAGCAAACCAAGUGAACGGCACGUGUUCAUUGUGGACGACUUUGAAUCUUUUGAGAAGAUCGAAGACAAUCUUAUUACAUUUGUUUGUGAAACUGCCACUUCAAGUUGUCCUCUCAUUUAUUUGGAUGGCUACACCUCACCAGGGUUUAAGAUGCUUGAAGCAUACAACCUGACAGAAAAGAAUUUUGCUUCUGUACAAGGAGUAUCUUUGGAGUCAGGGUCUUUCCCCAGCUACUCAGCUUACAGGAUUCAGAAGAAUGCGUUUGUGAAUCAGCCUACAGCAGACCUACACCCAAAUGGACUCCCUCCUUCAUACACGAUUAUAUUAUUAUUCAGACUUCUCCCAGAAACUCCCAGUGACCCUUUUGCAAUUUGGCAAAUCACAGACAGAGACUACAAACCACAAGUUGGAGUGAUUGCAGAUCCUUCUAGCAAGACGUUAUCAUUCUUUAACAAGGAUACAAGAGGCGAGGUGCAAACUGUUACAUUUGACACAGAAGAAGUAAAGACAUUAUUUUAUGGAAGUUUUCAUAAGGUUCAUAUUGUAGUGACCUCAAAAAGUGUUAAGAUUUACAUUGACUGCUAUGAAAUUAUAGAAAAAGACAUCAAGGAAGCUGGAAAUAUAACAACUGAUGGUUAUGAAGUUCUUGGAAAACUCCUUAAAGGGGAAAGGAAAUCAGCCGCAUUCCAAAUCCAGAGUUUUGACAUUGUCUGCAGUCCAGUGUGGACCAGUAGAGACAGAUGCUGUGAUAUUCCCUCUAGGAGAGAUGAGGCAAAAUGCCCUGCUUUUCCAAAUUCUUGCACAUGUACACAGGACAGCGUUGGACCUCCAGGACCUCCAGGCCCUGCAGGAGGGCCUGGUGCUAAAGGUCCCAGAGGUGAAAGAGGUAUCAGUGGGGCAAUUGGGCCCCCUGGUCCUCGUGGAGACAUAGGUCCUCCAGGCCCCCAGGGUCCUCCAGGCCCUCAGGGACCCAAUGGACUCUCUAUUCCAGGAGAGCAAGGUCGCCAAGGGAUGAAAGGUGAUGCUGGAGAGCCAGGGCUUCCAGGCCGAACAGGAACCCCAGGAUUACCUGGCCCACCAGGACCAAUGGGACCUCCAGGAGACAGAGGCUUCACUGGAAAAGACGGUGCAAUGGGACCCAGGGGCCCACCAGGGCCGCCGGGAAGCCCAGGCUCCCCGGGAGUCACAGGACCAAGUGGGAAGCCAGGAAAACCUGGAGAUCAUGGCAGACCAGGUCCAUCUGGGUUGAAAGGAGAAAAAGGUGAUAGGGGAGACAUUGCUUCCCAGAACAUGAUGCGAGCAGUUGCAAGACAAGUCUGUGAACAAUUGAUAAGUGGUCAGAUGAACAGAUUCAAUCAGAUGCUGAAUCAGAUUCCAAAUGAUUACCAGUCCAGUCGCAACCAGCCAGGCCCGCCGGGUCCACCGGGACCUCCUGGCAGCGCAGGAGCCAGAGGAGAACCUGGACCCGGGGGGCGGCCAGGCUUCCCGGGCACACCAGGGAUGCAGGGACCCCCUGGGGAACGAGGUUUGCCAGGAGAGAAAGGUGAAAGGGGUACUGGAUCUCCAGGACCUCGGGGACUGCCUGGCCCCCCAGGUCCACAAGGAGAAUCCAGAACAGGUCCACCAGGGUCCACAGGUUCAAGAGGUCCCCCUGGCCCCCCUGGCCGUCCUGGAAACUCAGGUAUCCGAGGACCCCCAGGUCCUCCUGGAUACUGUGAUUCGUCUCAGUGCGCCAGCAUCCCAUACAACGGGCAAGGCUAUCCAGGUUCCGGCUAACACAUUUUCUAAGUCGCCAGUGCUGCUUACAGUUUGAAUACAUGAAAAUCCUGUUUCUGAGAUGUUUGCGCACGUGCUUAUUAGGAAAUGAGUCUGUAUGGAAAUCUCACCACAGAUAAUGGUUAACGAACCGGGUCGACAUCACAAAGGAGGGUGGAGACUCUUUUUACUAACUUGAAUGAGACAAAAGCAGUGGUGUCAGUUUAUAAGCCUGAUGCAUUUCAGUAAUAAUGUAGAAAAACAUUAUUUUAAAAAAGUUCAAACACAGCCAUGAGGAACCUCAGUUGUGAAAGAGGUGCAUAAUAAAACUACUAACCAGAGGAGACUAUGCCAUUUUAAGAAAAACAAUUAACCUGGUUAAAGAGAAAUGUCUUAUGUAAAUAAUAAACUAAUUGUGGCUUGUAAAUGAUUUGUAUGUGAUCCUGUCGACUAAAAUCACUUAACAAUUCUACAGUAAGCUUCUGCAUCAAAGCCUGCCGCUUGCUCUAUGCCGGAAUAACACCAAAUGGAAUCUCCUCAUCUCUUGCUUGUUAGCGAUGUGUCUGAUUCAGGGCAUCUGUCUUUUUGUUACUUUUUUGUCCGUGUCCUCUCAUUUGGGUUUUGUAACUGCAAUUUUCAAGCCAAAGUUUAAAAUCACCUUUUCUUCCUGUUUUGCUGUAGUCACUGGUGUUCCUCACCCACCAGCUGUAACUCUGUGUGAGGUACAGCCACAGAAGAUGUCAUGUACUGUAUAUUACCUGGUGAUAGUUGCUUUUCACCCCCCGAGUUCAGUUUCUAGGAGCCAAUAAAACUUCCCCUCACCUCCUCAUCUUUCCAAGUUGUUCUUUGAAUUGAGGAGCUUGAAGGCAUAAACAGUUAACUUGGGGAUUUGCGAAAAUCCUACUUAGUUACUGCGUUUACAGUUCUUUGGCCCAGUCUCUGACCCUUCCCAGGUAUUUGUGCAAUGAUUGUGUUUACUGCUGGAUUUUUGAAGGUUUUUUUUUUUCUUUUUUUUUUAAGAAAGUGCCAUUUCAUUAUUUGAUUAUCACCAAAUUAUCUGGAAAUAAUUGGGACAUUGUAACUUAUCUAUUUAUAGUUACGAGAUUAAGACUGGAGUGCCAUCACCGCGGGUGAUGAUUUAGCUUUUGCUCUGUGUGUGUGUGUGUGUGCCUUCCAAAUCAUGCCAUAAUUGUAAUGUUGAAUCGGACAGAGCCUUACGUGCCCGAGGGCGGGGCCUACCUGCCUGAGCGCGAGCCCUUCAUCGUGCCGGUGGAGCCCGAGCGGACAGCGGAAUACGAGGACUACGGCGCAGACGAGCCUGCAGAGGAGCCUCCUGAGCCUCACCGGCGCUGGCGGCGCGCCCUGCCCCACGGACCCGGGCAGUGAACCAGAGAUCACGCGCCGCGCCGCGAGGCUUGGGGGAGGUGUUGAAAUUCUCAUUUACAGGUCAGAUAGAGCAGUGUACGUCUUUUCUGGGGUGUUCCUUCCAGCGUUGCUCAUCCAGUGCCCUUUCUGAUUGUAGAGAACCUUGUUUCUGCAGGAAGCCUAGCUCCAAGCACGCAAUCUCUAGACAUUUUUGCCUUUGCCCUUGAAAUGCUUGCAAAAUACUUUGUUAACAAAAGCUGCAGAGAGAACAUGCCGUGUGCCCUUUAGUUAGCACAGCGGGCAGCCUCAGUGAAACUUUUAGGUUAAGCAGUAAGUCCUGGAACCCAGAGCUGCUGUGUAUUUCGAGCGGGCAGUUUAUCUUCUGCUAUACUUAUUUGCAAUUCAAUUACACCACGAUUCAAAUAAUUCCCCUCCUAAAACCAAAAAGGAGGGAAAUGUCAACUCCAUUGCAAUUAUUUAUCUUCCUCUUCUGUUAUACACCGGGGCAUAGAAUGCUCGUAUACAUCUCUUUAACAACCACAGACCUUAAGCCAUGUAGAUGAAGUUAGUGCAUCAACGGGAUACAGUUCCAUAUUGCCUUAAACCUCCUUGUUUUAGACACACUAACAUUUAUGCCAAAUUGCAGAUUAUUCUGCAGAGAUGGAAUUGCAUGUUUGUGUUGUAUAUUUAGUAUGAACUUUUUUCCGAAUAUAAUAUUUCUUAGUUAUCAAAAGCAGUUGGAAAACGUUUGCAAGACUAUGAACAUAGAAUUGCUGCUUUUAUAUUUUAACUGCAGAUUGUGAAUUUCACUGCCUUAUAUUAUUUAUUUCUGAAACAAAAGAGGCAUUUUUCAAUAAAACUACUGAAAAUUUGA